AUCUAAGGCCAAACUUGGUAGCUUUAUCACCGUCUCCUUCACCACAAACACACACCUUCCACCCUAAUCUCUUAUCGAAAGUUCGAAGUAUCAAAGACAAAACAACCACCAAACCCUAAUCAAAAUUUUUCCGAUCUCAUCUCUUCCAGGUGCUGUUCUUCAACCUUUCAUCCUCCCUUCGUACAUUUAUCAACUAAAAAUUCUACAUUCUAAAUGAGUCGUCCACAGGAUGCGAAUCGAUCAUUCUUCCCUUUUGGAAAUCCUUUUAGGAUGAUAUCAGCCAAAGGAACUAAGUUUUCUCCACAGCUGUUGGCAGUAUUACAUGCUUGUGAAGCAGCUUUGGAAGAGAGGCUGAAAAAGCUUAUUCCUAAAAGCAAGGAUGAAAUCCUCAACUUGUCUUGGAUGACUUUGGCUAUGCAGUCACUUUGUGAGAGUCAUAAUGAUAUCAAGACCCUCAUAACAGAACUUGAGCUGCCUGUUCAUGAUUGGGACGAGAAAUGGAUAGAUGUGUACUUGGACAUUAGUGUGAAGUUGCUAGAUAUAUGCAUUGCAUUUAGCUCUGAGUUAUCACGUCUGAAUCAGGGUCACCUGUUGCUUCAGUGUGCCUUGCACAAUUUAGAUUCUUCCUCUUCAGAGCAAUUUGUUCGGGCAUGUUCUUCACUUGAUGGUUGGAAGAAGCAUAUUGGUUCUAUAAACCCUAGGGUUGAGAAAUGUGGCAGCAUUUUGGGUGAUCUUGUAGGGUCUCUUGAUCUUCCAAAGGUUAAAAAGUCAGCCAAAGGAAAGGUUUUGAUGCAAGCUAUUUAUGGAGUAAAGGUACAGACAGUAUUUAUAUGCAGUGUGUUUGCUGCAGCUUUUUCAGGCUCUACAAAGAAUUUGUCAGAUUUGGAUGUGGCUGACAUAUAUUCUUGGGCUCCAACCUUUAGAAAUUUGCAAGAUCUUGUAAAUAAGGAAAUUAGAGUUAGAUUUUCAAGUGGGAGGCUUGCUGGAUUGAAUGAGUUGGAAGUGGUUGAUUCCUCUGUGAAAGAAUUAUAUCCUAUUAUCCAGGGUGUUGUAGAUACUACCGGGACAGAAUCACUUGUGAAGAUUGUUGGGGAAUUAGGCAGAGCAACAGAGAGGCUUUCACAAGGAUUGGAUCUUCUUACAAAAGAAGUUGAUAGCUUUUUCCAAGUGGUCCUGACUGGUCGUGAUGCCUUGCUAUCUAAUCUGAGGUCAGGUGCAACUGUUGAUGAUCGCAUCUUUGGGGGUAACAGAGACGCACAAGUAGUCAAUUGAAUGUGUUGCAACCCAACUCUGGUAAAUACCAAUGGAUGUAGGUAUUGGGUUUUCUGUUUUAUGGUUGAUGGUACUCAAUCAUGUUUGGCUUAUUGUAUUCAGGUUAACAUGAGUAACAGGUUAUAUGAUUGUAUUAUUGUUCUGAAAUGUAUAACUGUGAUGUUCUGUGUAAUGUUAUAUGAUAAAAUAUAUAUAAAAAUGUUACUUGUGCUCAGAGAAACUUGUUAGUUUGUUGUGACUAAUUCUUUUUAUUCAUUAGUUCAUGUUUCCAAAUUGGGGGGGAAUGUUUAUUUAUCAUGGAACUAAAAAAUGUGGUCGCUGUUUCUGUUUUUUUUCUCCUGGAGGGGUGGGGGAGGGGAGGGGAGUGAAACUUCUGCUGUUGCAGCACACAUUCAAAAAUUGAUUAGAGACAGAAAAAGAAUAAGGAUUCAUAUGGAGAAGUCUCUGAGUCAGUUAUGUGGCUUUGACUCUAUUCUUGAAUAUGGAUUUACCAGUUUGUGAACUAUAUCUACAUUAUACACAACUUAUUGUUUCUAGGUUUGGUUUCGAGCACUUUCUUUAGUGCCCUCUCUUGGUCGCUGUUUAUUCUGUCCAAUUUCUUUUAACUCUCUUGACGUUGUCCUAGACUUCAUUUUCAAUAUCUUAUGAUGUGGUAUAUCUCUCGUACAGUAUGUUUCUCGAACAACAUGAUCUAUAGAGACAUGUGCAAUGGCCUUUGUGAUUGAAUAUCAUAGGAUGCUUUGCAGCACAUUUUUAAGUUUCACACGUUACUUAGCAUAUUGCGCGUUUAUCAUCUGAUGUUGUGAAACUGACAGAACAGUUGCAACUCCAAAGUGCAUCACCUUCGGAUUCUGAUCUUCCAACACCUCUACUCACCAAACCCUGCAAAAUUGAAUGUGAGUUUGGCGAAGCCACCUUGCAUUCCUUCUUGUUGGGAUCUGUGAAAAGUGAGUUGCGUUCAAGAUAAAUUGAAUUUCUCUAACAACUCUGAGGUGAGGUGAGAGAGCUUUGUGAGGAAGAUGAUCAAAAUGGGGAUUGAGGAAGUCAAGUCCUCUGUUUUGUUUUGUCUGCCUUAUUAAAAGCCCCUUUGGAAUCUGAGGAGGUGAAGAAAGUAAAGAUGUUAACUGUUGGUGAAGACAGUGCCUACUGGAUCAAUAUCAUUCUAUGAACUUAGAUGAGACUCAUGAGAGAGUUCUGCGACCUCUGCUGAAGAAAGCAGAGACCAAGCUCUGUGAAGAUGAUGAUGUAUGGUUCACAGAAUAGAGAACUGAGGAAGUCAAGCUCUCUGCUUGUUCUCCCUCUGUGAACCUUCUGUUUUGCUACCUCUAAGGUAAAGUGUGAGGUAUGAACCAGCAUGAGCCACAUAAAACCCAAGCCCAUCAUUGCAUGGUAUUGUUUUUGGCAAUUUUAGAUCUUCUGGACUUUAGUAAUACUUGAAUAUUUGGUACUUAGAUGAAUUUUAGAUGGGAACUCGUGUCUUAUCU